AUGGCUUCGUGCUUUCGGCGUUUUCUCACGGUAAUUUCUUUCUUCACACUAGCACUGGGUCUUCGUACAGCUCUUGCCCUUCGUGGGGAAGAUAACCAGGAAUCUCAUGCCCUUGCGGUGGUCGAUCCGAGUGAUCCCAGUGAUCCGAGUGGAGAUAACCAGGACCUGGAGUCAACGGUGUUGGAAACACCAGAGGAGUUGGAAAACUUGGAUGACUUCCUCGAUGGUAUAAUGGCCGACCUAGAGGAGGACGAGGAUGAGGACGAGGAUAUGGACGAGUUGAAGUGGUCUCCAGAGGAACUCGAUGAGAUCAUGAAGGCGCAGGAGCAGGACAAUGAUGACAAGUUGAGCGGGUCUGAAAAGGCUGAGAAAACGGAGGAGAAGCUCGAUGUGCUUUCUCCGGAGGAGAUAGAGGACCUGCUAAGCGACGUCAAUGUCGAGGUAGGGCUUGAGGAGGAAGGAGAUCAAGAUCAAGAUCAAGACGAUGAAGCUUGCACGUUCUCCAGCGAUUCAGAGAAUCUAAUGGACUGGCUCCGAGAGACCAAGAACUCGAAAACUGACGGCUGCCAGGAUUUUGGUCCCAGAUUUGGCCGGUGGGGAGCUCAAGCAUGCCCUCCUUUGACGUCCAUCAUAGCAGAUCUGGAAGCUGGCACGAAAGAAGCAACUGGCGGGAAGAGUGGCACUAAACCAAUCGUAUCGAAAAGAUUUGCAGUGAAACUGAUUGACAAUGUCGAGCACAAGAUGCUGCACAAACUCCUGCACAGCCUGAAGGGGUCAAGGCGUGAUUCAUUUUUGGUGCCAACUUGCCGCAGUCUUUGCUUCAAGGUCAGUGGCAAAAGCGAACUCCGAUAUGUUCAGAUCACCCCCAACAUUCUACUUCGAGGAGAAGCGAAGCCCUACUUCACCCGCCUCUUUGAUCUGAAGGGCAACUAUGCUUGGAGAAGUCGGGUUGCCGAUCCGAUCAAAGACUUCGUUUGGAAAGACACGAACUUCAAACAUAUGUUUCCGACGGGUUUGAAUCUCACACAGGUCAUGUUUCCAAAUGGCAAAGGUGACUUCUCCACAUUCAAAGGUGAUUUGGCUGCAAGCUAUGUUGCAAGGAUCCUGUACUCGGACAGCAGGGAGCUCGCAAAAUUAGGACUUAUGGACUACUCCUUGCUUCUUCAUAUCAGUACUUUCAGCAGAAAGACAAUGAGAAGCGCAGAGUUGGAAGCCGGUUUCAAGAAGCUCAACCCUGACAAGCCAUGGGGAUUCGCAAGGGCCAUGAUCCACGGCAAGGAGAAGCUCUUUGCAAUCUCAUGGGGCAUCAUAGAUUUGUUGAUGCAUGAGAAGGAAAAUCGCGGCUUUCUGAACAA